ACGAAGUAUUUUUCUAUUUACAAACACAGGUGUGAAUAUUUUGUACACGUUGAAAGCCUUAAUUUAAAUCAACACAGAAUUUCAUUUUUGAGUCGCUUUAUCAAGUAUGAUUUUUUUGGGAGGGAAAAGGGGAAAGACGGCUAAAUUUUUCAUAAUUUGACUCGUGUUCAUACUGGUAUUAUGAAAUAGAGGUAAGUAGGAUACUUCAAAAUGAUAAGAUAUAUCAACACAUAUAAAUAGUAAACAGAUUACCUGGUGAGCUCACACCUUUUAUAAACUAUACAGUGCUUAGUGGCAUAAAAAUUAUCACACGCAAUGCUUUUUGUGGGAAUUAAAAUUUUAAAAAAUGAAAUUUAAAUUUCAAGUUUCUAGUGUGGUGAAAGAAGUGAGUUAUUCAAUCAUCGUGUACCAACUUUUGCUAUCUAUUGGAUAUGGAAGAGGAUACAUCGUGUUUUUAUUUCGUCAGUUGGCUCUUCCUGGUUCUCAGAUCAUUCUCAAUGAUGAACAGAAAUCUCGAAUUGCUGGCUCAAUAGGAAUCCUAUCUCCAUUAGGAUGCAUUCUAUCUGGAACCCUGAUGGAUAUGUUUGGCAGAAAAUUAUACUUUUUUGUUACAUUCAUACCUCAAAUUAUUUCAUGGGUCAUAAUCGCAUUAGCGGACAGCUACGAAAUGCUUUUAUAUGGAAUGAUCAUUCAAGGAAUAAAUUUAGGAAUGGCCUUUACUACGAGCACUUACAUAUCAGAAAUUGCAUCAUCAACCCGCAGAGGUGCCCUUUUGGGAGGUCUGACGGUAUCUUACAGUUCAGGAGCAAUGUUAUGUAACGUACUGAUGUACUGUAUUCCAUGGAACGUCGUUGCUUGGAUUUACGCCGGAUUAUCUGUGUUUGGUAUGCUUUCCAUGUUGCUAUUAGUCGAAUCUCCUGUUUGGCUUUACAAUAAAGGACGAAGAGAGAUCGCUAUUCGAGCACUGUGUUCACUUCGAGCCACAAAUAUCGACGGAGUCAAAAAUGAAAUAGGAGAUAUGGAAAAGAACAACGCUGGAAAACCUAAAGCAUCGAUUGUGGGCACCAUGAAAAAUCUUUUGAAUGCUUGGAAACCAUUUUCGAUAGCUGUAAGUUUACAACUGUUGUUUCAACUGACAGGUUACACUGCUCUGUUUGGUUACACAAUCGAUAUUUUUGAUCGCUUAAAAUUACCUUUGGACAGCUCAAGAUUUACUAUUGUAUAUGCAAUCGCAGGUGUUAUAGGUGCCGCGUGUGCACCUAUUUUUAUGUUUAAAAUGAAUCGUAGGACUCACCUCAGGUCUACUGCAGCCAUUAUGGCAAUAUGUACCAUUUCGGUAGGCGUUUAUGAAGAAAUUUUUUAUCAUAGUGACGAUAAACCGUUUUCUUUCAUUGUACCUGUAGCAUUUUACAUAUUCUCUUUAGCCUGUAAUGCAGGAGUACUUCCUAUAUCGUACACAGUGGGUACUGAAUUGUAUCCCAGUGAAGUUAAAGGUAUGGUGAAUGGAAUUUUUGGUGCGUUGUAUUACAUCACAUGGUCCGUUAUUCUGAAGGUAUAUCCUGCAUUCCUGAACACUGUGCAUAUAAAAAUUAUAAUAUGGUGUUAUACGAGUUUCUGUCUGCUGAUUAUAUUAUUCGGUACUUUCAUAUUACCCGAAACCAAAGGUAAAACUCUGAACGAAGUGCAAGAACAGUAUUUUCAAAAAAAGAAGAAAAAAUCUAAAAACGAAAUGCACACAGUGAUAGAGUAGAAUAGGUAAGCUAGAAAUAUAUGUGUAAGUUAGGUAGGUGAUCUUUCAAGUUCCUUUGAUGACAUUCGUAAUUUAAAUCUUUUGUCUUUUUUUUUGAUAAUUGUUUUAAUGUUACCUAUAAUUUCAUGUUGCCUAUUAUUUUAAAUAAGUACGUAUUGUUACCUUUUUUUUCUAUUACACGUUUGUUUUCUC